AUGUCCGUAGAGCUUCAAACUUAUAUCUUCCACUACUUCUGGGGCGGCUAUAACCCAGGUCGCGAUCCGGGCAUGGACCGAAUGAUCAUGUUGACGUGGACGCUACGCCGGGAGCUGGAUGAUCAAGUGGAGGAAUUGAAUAGUGUCAUCCGAGAAGCCAUGAGCGAUGUCAAUGGCGACAGGCGCACCGGUCAGGUGCACUGUGUCGAUAUCCAUCGCGAUUCGACGGCCACCGGUGGUGCGAGGAAAGGCCUUAGCACGUAUAAAAGCGAAGCCGGCGCCUAG